UGGAGCUUUUCUGAUGAAAUCUCUCCGCUUUAGCUCCGCGGCUAGCGAGGGAAACGGCGACGUCAACGAGUCUUCCAAGUAAUUAUAUUUGGAACGUCUUAAAAGUGAAACCGCUUUUUUCGUAAAUCUACGGAGACCACUUUGACUCGAUUUUUGAUGGUAUAGCCGUUUUUUCUCCUACAACUUACAGUAUUUUUCUUCCGAAAACGCGGCAGCUGGGCGCGAUUGACGUGACAGUAGACUGACAGUUGAAGAACCGAUCCUCGCUUCCCUUCAGACGUCAAAAUGGCUUUUGUUUCAAGCUUUCAUUUGGAGUAUACCAGCCUUUCUUGCUUUUACACCAGCUCAAAAUGCCUUUCCGUUCCUUCUGCUGUAUCUACAACCCCUUCAAAACGAAAUAAUUGGUGUUGUUUUCCUCAGGACGGCACAGUUGGCGUUAACACUGCGGUCAAUAUGGACGCUGAAGCUAUUUCCGCGAGCCGGGUCGGACUCAACAGAGCCUAAACGACAUGGACACUUUCGUUUACCCCGGAGAAUAUUUAUCUGUACUCAUGGAUGGUAUUAAGGGCUGAAAGGAAUGAGAAUCGGAGCGUUUUACUUUUUUCGUAGCUAACAUUUAGCCAUACGUUAAAGCUUGAUUACUAGCUGCGUUAGCCAGCUAAGCCUUAUAAGGCCAUAUUUAGGUUGUAUUCAAAACUGUUCUGUAUAUUAGUAACAUUCAGAGACAUUUAAACCUAACAUUUGAAGCACUUUUAUGCAAAUGAAGUCUAAACCGUGUGUUUAACCACUUAUAAGGAAGUACCUUAAGUUAAUAGCUUGUUCUGUUUAUGUGGUUCAACGCAUUUCAUAUUUUUCAGAAGUAUGAGCACACAUGGACACUUUUCUCAAGGGGACACGCGGUCCACGCGUGACAGUGACGAGCGCGCUGACAGCUCGUGGAUAAGCGUGUUCUCUCUAGUUUCCAGACCUGCGUGGUCGCUCCUGCAGAGGUAUUUCCCCGGAAGAACGCAAACAGCGUUCGAAAUGAAUUCAAAUCUAGAUAUUGGAAACUCUCUGGCCCCUCUGAAAGUUGCAUACCUCCAGUGCCAGCAUGAAAACGCGCCGUGCGCGUCCUCUGGAGACCCGAGGACUCUUUCCUGGUUCACGCACGACUCAUUAAGUGAACUAGGAAUUCAGAGCACCUCCCAGAAAGAUUUCAGUCUUCAAAAGCAAGCAUCGGUCGGAUACCUCGGAACGGCGAAAAACUUAAUCAGCCAGGUCUUGCAAAAUGCGCAAGAAAAAAGGCGCGCGAAACCGGAAACCAGAUGCGAUUUCGGCCCGGAUACGCUGUCCGUGCGAACCACGAACAGCUGGUGGUGGGGAGGAUUUUGGGAGGCCGACGACAGACCUCCAAACUGGCUGCUAAACGGAGCACAAAGCAGAAAAGAGACUGAUACGAGCUGGCAGCAUUGUGGAGAACAUCACAGUGUGGGCUAUUGUCAAAGCGAUGAUGGGCGGUCAAUGCAGAGCGAAAUCUCUGGACCCUUGUGCUCUAAAGAGCUGACCCACAAUGCAAGCCUGCCCAAAACUGACUCAUACCAGCUUCCACUAGAUGUUGAGCAGCAACUACUAGUUUGUAGUAGAACUUACAGUGAGGUGGCAAUUCUGACUCCAGACCAAGAUAAUGGCUACUCCAGCUUGGAGGAAGAACACUCAAAUAGCAAGCUUCACAUGAAGCUGCUUUCCAAGGAACAGGAGGUGUCGGAAACAGCCAGCCCCGUUGGCUCCGAAGACGGCUCGUCUCAGACAAACACUACAGGAAGUGAGUUUCAUACUGAACCUGAGGAAGAAACCAAGGAGAGACAGAAAGAGGACUCUGAAAAGAAAGCAGAAACUGCUCCAGGUGCUGAAAACGUGCCUAUCUUGGCUGCUCCUCAAUGUCAAAACAAGGUCAUCGCUUACAUCAUGGGCAGCCCUUGCAGUGGCGAAUCCGAAUCGGAGGAUGACAGCGAUUGGGACAGUAAUGAUGACGAUGGCUUUGACAGUGAAGGCUCGUCCCACUUUUCAGAUUCUGAGGACUUGGAUGACAGCGAUGAUGAAUCCGAGGAAGAUUCGGAUGGAGAGGAGGCCGACUCUGAGGCCGAGAGGCUGUGGAAUUCUCUGUGCCAAAACGGGGAUCCUUAUAACCCGAGGAACUUCACAGCUCCCAUAAGGACAGCCUCCAAGCCAAGCCCUGCGACUACAGACUCUUCGGUCUCAGAGUCUCCGCCAGCGCUUAUGUCCUCCCAUCUUUCGUCUCCCCCAUCGUCGCCCUCACUCUCAGAGAACGAGUCUGGCGAAGAUGCCUGUGAGAUGGACGAGGAAGAGAAUCUGAGAUUGUGGAACUCCUUCAGCUGCUCAGCAGAUCCCUACAGCCUUCUCAACUUCCAGGCCCCCAUACACACUAGGAAAACUUCCAAAGGGUGCCGGAGGGAGAAAGUGCCUGGAAUGCCGCUCUACAAGAGAGAGGAUGCUGAGGAGAGGUUGGACAGUGGAUUCUCAGAGAUUUCCCCUGUGCCAUGCUCAAGCAGUGCCACAGCUGUUCAGCUGAAAAAGGUGACGUUUGUAGAGGAGGUUGAGGAGUUCUAUGCCAGCAGCGAUGAGGAUCGGCAUGGACCCUGGGAGGAAAUCGCACGGGACCGCUGUCGUUUUCAACGCCGUGUUCAGGAAGUUGAAGAGACUAUCAGCUACUGCCUUUCUCCAACUUUCCGUCUGGACAUUUUUCAAAGACUACACAGUACUAGUUAAUUAAAAGCCUUGUUUGUUGUUUGACAGCAAGUGUGAACAAUGAAUAAGAAAUAAUAUAUAUCAAUAGUUAAUUCAGGGCAUCAGGAGGAGGCCCUUCAAUGUUCAAAGGGCUCACAUGUCACAAAUCCAAGGAACUCCAUGGUUCCUGCCAGGGAAAGUCACCUCACUUAAGACUGCUGAAAUGUUUUGUGCUGAGUGUUGUGUGGAUUCUGGAAAUAUGCAUUUUGUUUUGGGUUUUCAAGUCACACUGUCCUUUUUUUAGCCCUUAAUACAAUAGUUUCAUUUUAAGGAGAAAAACAGAGGAACUACAUGUCAGUUGAAUUACAGGAUUCGGACAACUAAAAAUCUUCAUGCCUACUGGAAGGUUGAUUUAAUGAUUCAUUAGAUUUGGUUUAGUGAUGCACGAACAAUGCACAAAAAGUGCUGUAACUUCAUCACCCCAUGAAGCGACACUAAAUUGACAUUUGUCUUUUGCUUAAACCUGUAUUAGUGCAUAAGUAUUCUGGAGGGGAAAUGAAGUGUUAGCUUUCCAAAUCCCUGUUGUUUUCCUCUCACAGGCCUUCUUACAAACCCCUCGAGUUGUAACCUCAAAGCCAAAGAUAACAUACUUCUGCUCUGCAAAGCAUCAUUAAGCCAAGCCUUGGUGUUUGAUGCCACAGGGGCGCACCGGGUGAAGGAUUCCCCCCCCCCAGAGAAAUCACCAUCAUUACCCACAUUAAACCUAGUGGUAUUUUGCCGGAGCUGAGCAGUGCUUAUAUCAGUGUCUGUUCCUGUGUUAGAGUGAAGAUAUAUGAGCGUGGGCCUUAGUGCAAUGUAUUU